AUGUCCGAGAUGAUGGUGUGCCGCCCCCUGCACUGCUCCGCUCGUAAAGACACGCCUCUGGAGUGCGCUUCAGUCUCUGAACAGGAACGUCAGCACAAAGGGUUUGCCGCUAACGCCGUGCAUAUUCUGCACGCCUACACCGUGUUCUCUCAGAAUAAUGGCACCCUGUACUUGAACAGCACAGAAUUUCAGUACAAGUGCGCCAACGAGGGGGGCUGGCAUGACUUCUUUGAUUUCUCUUCUACAAAUGGCAGCAUGGCCAAGUACAGCGCGGAGGCAGAGCAGCAGGAACCCUGUGCCAGAUACACAUUCCAUGAUGUGGACCUCAUGCUCCACAACAUGAAAUAUGACUGGUUCUCGAUCGAUACAGCAGCGGCCAAAAAGGUGUGGACAUUCACAAAAUGGGUCCAGGACGAGUUGGACGCCGUGCUUGAGGAGCUGGCUCAGAUGCCUGCACCGAGGAUGGGUUUCCACAUUCGCGGCGGCGACAAGCUCUCAGAGGAUGUCCAGCUGUCUCGAAUGACAACGCGGCCCGAGGACUUUGUCACAAACUUGGCAGAAGCCUUUCCUGAUUUGAAGGGUGGGACAUGCAUAAUGGUUGGGGAUGACCAGGAGUGGAUAGCUCAAGCCAGCAAAAUAGCUGCAGCCACGUUUGGAUGCAAGCCGUUCUCGAAGACUCUUUUUCACAUUCCCACUGGUGGCUCGCACGACCAGGAGACCUUCAAUCACGAAAAUUUUGAGACCAAGUGUGCCGGGACGCUGCAGUUUCUAGUGGACAUAGAGUUCUUGAACCAUGCAGACUACUUUGUGGGCACUACAAACUCCGGCCUGCCCCACAUAGUGGAUGUGCUGCGCUUUGCUGUAUACAACAAGGACAGAAGCACGUUCGUGGAUGCCUCCUUUCGGCACCAGGACUGGUACUCGCGCAUGCGGCGCUUCUGGCAGUCCAAGGGCCCACAGCCCAAACGGCGACUCUUGAGAAGCCUUUGGAGAACCUGA